AUGAAAGAGUUAUCCGUCAUUCCAAUCUCUGAUGAACCGUUAAUCAACACAUCUUCUGAAGAUGCCAAUAUGGAAGACAUAUCUAAUCAAUUUCAUAAAUUGUAUUUUGAUAUUGACGUAGUUAAAGAAAAACUUUUGAAAGAUCUCAAUUUGACAAGAAAUGAGGUUAAGUAUAUCGUGGAAAACUUCUCAUCCCAUGAAUAG